AUAUAUUUGCUGCAGUCACAUCGCCAUACUAUUCCAUUCUAGUCAAUUUUUUGUCGUAUAAUUUUUCCUUUGAACUGACAAGAAUAUAUUCAUAAUGGAAAUGAAGUGUAUUAUCGUUGAUGUUUUAGAAGAAAUAUAAAAUUUUUUUUCUGUUCUCUUCGGUCGUUAAUAGAAAAUUAAAUUGUGAUUUAUGUUUUUAUUAAUACGAAUCUAAAUUAAAUGCAUCUAUAUAUCGAAAACUUUUGGCAAGUAUUGUACUUGAAGGAAAGAUGAAAGUUAUGUCUGCAGUAGUGAAUUCAAUCACUAAAGAAUAAUUUAAUUGGCAAUGAACCAAAUUAUGAAGAAUUUAGAAUUAUAUUCAUUUUUCAAAUAUACAGUUAAUUAACAAUUAAUUUAAUAUGAUAAAAGAAUGGUUUUCUGAAAUUCAAAAAUGUCUCCAUAAAUUCGGGUAAUAACAUGGUCAUUUUUUCACGUCGAUGAUCCGUCAUCUCUUACCACUUUACUCGAGCAAUUACAUAAUAUUAUAUACUUCAUCGUGAGUCAUGAUUAAAGACAAAACGCAAUAAAAUUAAAAAAAGUAGUUAAUAAAAUUCUUUCAAGUUUAUAAAAAUUGUAUUCAUGAGAUUUUCCUUUUGUUUCUCGAGUAUGGUAAAAAUGACACAUAUUUAUUUGUAAACAAUAUAAAAAACAAAAUUAUAUUAUUAUCCAUAAUUAGUAUUUUGAACAAUUCAUUGUAAAACACAGAAGAUAUUUUAUGAUUCAUUUUAAAGAAACAGUCAACAUUUGCUAAUUCUAAUUGUUUUUCAUAACUGCCAUUUAUUUAUUUGCAGAUCAAUAAGAGAAUGGUUUUAUAAUUCAUUUAAAACAAUGCCUUAAAUUAUUCUCGUACUAUAAUAGUAAUAUUGAUAAUAAUAAAUAUAAUACCAAUCAUCAUUGGUAAUAUUUUCAUUGUCGUCAUAACAGUUGUUCAAUAAUAAAAAUAAUUCUAUAUAUUUUAAAAAUGUAUGAAUAAUAUUCUUAAUAUUAAAUACCUACACUUGAGUAUUAUACAGUAUUGAAAAUUGUUUAAUUAUUAUCAUAUAUAAAAAAAGCUCAAAAAAUUGUCUCAUAAGUUGAUGUAUACGAUGCCUGCUCCUCCACCACCAAUGCCGAGUCUUCCUGAAGCUCCGGCAUGCGGCAAAAAUGAAUCAAGUGAAGCUGAAAAUUUACCACCUUGGGCCAAGAUAACUCUAACUUCAGCUGAAGCUGAAGUUGAAAAAUUAAUAGCAAGAAAUGAACUGAAAGAUGCUGAAGUAACAUACUUUUGUCAAGUUGAACCUAUUCUUCAAGAUGGCCCUCAAUGUGGAUUAGUUGCUCUAGCAAUGGCUUCUCAAGAAUAUGCUAAACCAGUCUCUGUGAGUCAAUUAUUAGCAGAAGCACGCGUGAGAGGAUUCACUCAACACGGCGAAGUUUACAGUGUAGAUUUUAUGGGAACAUUAGCAGCUGAAUAUUUGCCUGACCAUAGACCAGAUAUUUUGGUUGAUCUUGGAACAUGUCCAGAUACUUUAACGCAUGCAUUAACACAUGGUGCUAUGGUGUUGAUUCCUUAUGAUUCAGAUUUUAAUCAUGCACCUUGUUUAAAAAGAGGGCAUAAAGCACACUGGGCUCUUCUAGUUGGUUUAAUAUCAUCAAGGCAAGGUUACUACGUAUUAGCAAGACAUGGUAAAUCAAGACAUUUAGCAUGCUGGCCAUUGCGAGAUCUCAUUGAAAGUAACGGAAAUUUAGAAGAGGAAGGAACUGCUAGGCAUGCCGGUGGAUACGUUAUUCCAAAAGGUGGUGUGGGUGGGCAAAGAGGCUUACGAGGUCGUGCUUUAGCUCUUCACCCAUAUAUAUAAAAAAGUGCAAAAAUAUUGUGGUCAGGUGAAUUAUUAAUGUGUAUCGCAGUGAAAAUAUAAUCUCAUUGAUACAUUAAUAGUACGUAGCUAUCACGAAAAUUUAUAACAACCCGCUUUAAUCACUAUACGUAUAAAAAGAAAAUAACAUUAAAAUUAAAAUGUAUGAAAAUUAUUGUAAUAAUUGUAAUUAAUAUUGACAAAUGAAUUCAUGUAUGUUUUCCUCUGAUUAAUCCUUAAAGAGCAAUCAUGAAUUCGUAUUGUGUGAAUGUUCUGUAUAUAUAUAAUGAGAUUUUUUGAGCUUUGCAAUUAAAAUUAAAUGAGUGUUGCUGUUACUGAAUUGAUGACCAAUUAAUUUAUUAUAUUAUUAUUAGUAAUAUAAUAACAUGUUUCAAUGAAUUUAUAUUUGAUUGUGUUUAUUAUUUAUAUAAAAUUUCUUAUUUUAUUUAUACGAUAACACCAUUGUCAGUAAACAAGUCACAACUUCACUGUGAUAUAAAAACAAAUGAAUUAUAACAAUCAUCCACAAGAAAAAGUACUUGAAGGAAUGAUUGUAAAAGCUUUAUCACAGCCGUAUACAUUAUGUAAUUCAUUCAUUUAUGUGUAGUGUACUAGGACUGAAAUAAAUUAUGGCAACAAUUAGCUUAGCAGUCAAAAAGCUAAAUAAUGUAAAUUUUUCAAAUUAUAUGAUGAAAAUUUGAAUCUUUAUUGUUGUAAAUUACUUUUGUUUUAUUAUUUAUUUUAAUCAAUCGUUAAUAAUAUUAACUAAAGUCAUGUAUGUA